AUGGCCUCCAGGGAUUUUGCAAUAGGCAUGAUCUUCUUAUCUCAGAUCUUCUUACUCGGAUUCCUGGGGAAUUUCUUUCUUCCUUACCACUAUAGUUUCCUUUGUUUCACCAGAGGUAUGUUAUGGUCCACAGAUCUGAUUCUCAAGCCUCUGACCAUAGCCAACUCCUUGGUUAUACACUCUAAAGGAAUCCCACAAACAAUGGCUGCUUUUGGGUUGAAAGAUUCCCUCAGUGAUAUUGGAUGCAAACUUGUGUUUUAUGUUCACAGAGUGGGCAGGGCUGUGUGCACGGGCAACGCCUGCCUCCUGAGUGUCUUCCAGGUCAUCACCAUCAGCCCCUGCGAAUUCAGGUGGGCACAGCUUAAACUACAUGCCAGAUACAUUAGGUCCUUCAACAUCCUGGUCCUGUGCUGGAUUCUGAACAUGCUGGUAAAUAUUACUGUUCCUCUACAUGUGACUGGCAAGUGGAACAGCAUAAAUAGCACAAAGACAAAUGAUUAUAAGUAUUGUUCUGGAGGAGGUAGGAGCAGAAUUCUACAGUCAUUACAUAUUGUCUUGGUAUCAUCCCUUGAUGUUUUGUGUUUGGGGCUCAUGGCCUUGGCCAGUGGCUCCAUGGUUUUUAUCCUGCACAGGCGCAAGCAGCAGGUCCAGCACAUUCAUGGGACCAACCUCUCCCCCAGAUCCUCCCCUGAGUCCAGAGUCACCCAAAGCGUCCUGGUCCUGGUGAGCACCUUGUGUUAUUUUCCUCGCUCUCCUCCAUCUUUACAUCUUUUUCCUAAUCCCAGUUGGUGGCUGUUGAACACCUCGGCACUGAUCACUGCCUGUUUUCCCAUGGUCAGCCCCUUUGUGCUCCUGAGCCGCCAUCCCAGGAUACCCAGGCUGGGCUCUACUUGCUGUAGAAGGAAUCCACAGUUUCCUAAGCUGAUCAGAUAG